GCAAUUUUCACUUGAGCAUUUUUGAAAUGCUAAUGUCCUGUCCUUUUACUGUUGCCUCCGGUUUAAAUGAGGUAGAUCUAUUAAAAGUGCCUGCCACAGUAUCGUUGUUAAACAAAACAAAUCGUUCAUUUCGUGAAAACGCCAACAAGCGCGAAAAUGAGUAA